AUGGGGGACUGGAACCUGCUGGGCAGCAUCCUUGAGGAAGUGCACAUCCACUCCACCAUAGUUGGCAAAAUCUGGCUCACACUCCUGUUCAUAUUCCGGAUGCUGGUGCUGGGAGUGGCUGCCGAAGAUGUCUGGGAUGACGAGCAGUCCGAGUUCAUCUGCAACACGGAGCAACCUGGCUGCAGCAACGUCUGCUAUGACAAAGCCUUCCCCAUCUCGUUGAUCAGAUACUGGGUGCUGCAGAUCAUAUUUGUCUCUUCUCCCUCACUAGUUUACAUGGGCCAUGCGCUCUACAGGUUGAGGGCUCUGGAGAAAGAGCGACAGAGGAGGAAAGCCCACCUGAGGGCUCAGCUGGAAGACCUGGAGCCCAUGCCUGAGGAGCACAAGAGAGUGGAGAGGGAACUGCGUAAGCUGGAGGAACAGAAAAAAGUGCAUAAAGCACCCCUGAGAGGGUCCCUGCUGCGCACCUACGUCCUGCAUAUCCUGACCCGGUCGGUGGUCGAAGUGGGCUUUAUGAUAGGUCAGUAUCUUUUAUACGGGUUUCACAUGUCCCCCCUUUACAAAUGCACUCGGCCCCCUUGCCCUAACACGGUGGAUUGUUUUGUGUCCCGACCCACAGAGAAGACCAUCUUUAUGGUUUUCAUGAAUAGCAUCGCCGCGGUCUCCCUGUUCCUCAACAUCCUAGAAAUCGCCCACCUGGGCCUCAAGAAGAUCCAGAAGGGCCUGUACGGCUGGCCGCGCUGGCCGGUGAGCCCCGCCGAGGAGGAGAUCAGCAUCUACAACUCCAAGAAGAGCUCGGCUCCCGCUGCCGCCGCCGCUCCGGCCGGGCCGGCGGGCCCGCAGCAGCGCGGGGAGCCGUGCGGGCCGCCCCCGCCCCGCCGCCGGCACAGCGCGGCGCAGCACCAGGGACAGCGGCCCGCGCCCUCCACCAGCAGCGAGGAGGCUCCGCGGGCGGCGGGAGGAGCGGCGGGGGCGGCGCGGCGGGCGCCCCGCAAGCACAGCCGGGUGAGCAUCUGCCGAGAUCUGGGCGAGGAGCGCGGCGAGUCCCCGGACAGCGGGCACUGCCCCGGCACCCGCAAGUCCAGCUUCCUCUCCCGCGUCCUCAGCGGGAGCCGGGGGGGCAGCGACAGCGACAGCACCGACUCGCUCGGCGGUUCCGGCUCCGGCUCCUCCGGCUCCGGUUCGGAGGGGAAGCACCGCCGGGAGGGCAGCCCGCCCAGCAGCCCGCCGCCGGCCGCCGCCACCGGACGCCGGGUGUCCAUGGCAAGUAGCGCCCCGCGGCCCCCGGGGGUGCCCACGGGAGGGGGCGGCGGGGGGUUCCGGGCGGGGCGGGAGCCCCCGGCUGCCUGUCCCGGCCCCGGCGGGGAGGGGGCGAGCGGCAUCCCCCCUUCGCCUCGCCCCCUCCCGGGCCGAGCCCAGCCCCGCGCUUGGUCCCUGGCUGCGGCCAAAGCCCAAACGCCUCUAGGAAGUUAA